CUCCCCGCCGCCCCCCGCGCGCACCCCUAAGCGACAUGCAAAUGAGCCUAGGUCCUGUGGACGGGCCCCAAAUCCCCAGCACCCGAUGGACCCUUCCAGCCCAGAGCCAGCAGCCAAGGAGGCAGAGCCCUCCAACCCGCCACCCGAUACCCCCGGCGUGCGCCUCCGUCGCCGCCGCCCCCCUGCGGGGCGGGCUGACUCAUCUGCUGACUCCUCCUCCAGCCAGACGUUCUCCCCUUCCACCCGCAAACGGGGCGGCAGGCCCCGAGGCUCUACGCCAGGGGAACCCCCAGAGGCCCCUGGGCCGCCCGACGGGGCGGAGGCUGAGGAUGGUGGCGGCGUCCUGUUGAUCGAUGCCCAGGGUGUCCCGUACACUGUGCCCCAGGCAGGUGAGGAGGGCGGGGGGUCCCGGGCCCGGCGGGCCCCACAUUUCUGCCCCGUCUGCCUUCGUGCCUUUCCCUACUUCUCAGACCUGGAACGGCACCGCAUCUCUCACUCAGAACUCAAGCCGCACACCUGCCCGGCCUGUGGCAAGGCCUUCAAACGGGCUAGCCACCUGCGGCGGCACCGAAAUAUCCAUGCCGGGCUACGGCCCUUCCACUGUGCUCUCUGCCCGCGGCGUUUCCGUGAAGCUGGGGAGCUGGCCCACCACGGCCGCGUGCACUCCGGGGAGCGUCCCUACCAGUGCCCCAUCUGUAGGCUUCGCUUCACCGAGGGCAAUACCUUGCGGCGACAUGCCCGGCGCAAGCAUCCACCGCCCCCGGAUUCUCCUAGCUCCCUCGCAGGCCCUGGCAUGGACCCGCCGUGGCUGGAGGCGAUGGUCCCAGAGCUGUCCCCCAGCCCAGACCCUGCCCAGGGGGGUGCUGAGGAAGACCUGCAGAAGUCACCCAGCCUGGACCUCGCUCCUGGAGGCCUGGAGGAGGAGCCUGCGCCGUCCCCCAGGCCAGAUGCUCCCCAGGCAGCCUCAGAAGGCCUGGAGGAAAAGCCAGAGUGAUGGUCAGGGCACAGGCCUUCCCCAUGUGGACCCUGCAGAAAACCCUCCACAGGUUCCCUGCAUAGUACAAGCCAGCAUGAACCUGUCUAGGGCUGGGCCUGCGGGAAACCAAGAGUGAUGCUCCGGGUGGGGGGUGGGGGGGCCUGCAGGAGACCAGGAACAAACCAGCGGCCCCCGAGAAGACCCAGAGCAAUCCCCCGGGCUGGGCAGACUCCAGAGAAGGCUGGAGGUGAUUUCCCAGCUGGGAGCAGCCCCUGAGGAUCCCAAGGAGGCCAAGGGUCACUGGAUCAGAAGUGGUUCUAGCUGAGCCAGGGCUUGGAAUGAUGGGAGCCCAGGGGGCUGGGCAGGGAGGGGGGUGGGAGGUCUGGCUCUCAGAGGAGAGGUGAGUCUCCUUUCUCAGAACUGAAUUGGGAGUGGAUAUGGGGCCAAGGAAAUAAAUGUGUCUAUCUGCCGGC